CAAACUGGGCAACUUGUAUAUUGCGUGGGCAGUUGAUUUUUACUAUAUCUCUAACUUUUUAUGUUCCGUUUCUUUAAAAUAUGAUAAUACAAAAUUUGGCCUUUCCCUCCCUUUAUCGAGUUCUUCAAUUAAAUUGUCGCACUGAAAAGUGGCAAUCGUUCAAGCUGUCAGAUCGAUAACGCGACCGUUGUUCAAAUGACUACGUUAAAGAAAUACAUACCUGACCGUGCAACUGACAACGUGACAUGAUAAAUAUUCACUACGUCAUUUUUAUCAUACAUUUUUAUUAGCAUGAUACUUUAACGUAUAAAGCAUUCGCUCGUCAUAUAAUUUUCGUAUAACAGAUCGUCCAUCGAGACGCAUAGAUGCAGCAUGCAAUCGGAUAUACUACGUUACUACCGCGUUAACAAGACUUUCAUGUCGCAAAUCGGCAUUUGGCCUUAUCAGAGCAAGACCAUGAGGAUAUUAAUACCGAUUCUGCUAGCGAUCAUCGAUAUCAGCUAUGUUACAGCAGAGAUGAUACGAAUGUUUGACACUUGGGGUAAUAUCGACAUUGCUGUUGAGUGCAUACUUUCGACUAUCAUAGUAAUUGCCUGUUUCACAAAGCUAUUCAAUCUUAGCUUUAGAACUAAUGAGAUGCGAUAUCUAUUUUCUCUGAUCGAUUAUCAUUGGCAAAUAUUUAACAAUCCUACGGAUGUCGAAAUCUUACAGAAUUAUGUCAUUUUCUGUAGAAAAGUGGUAAUAUUUUACGCAACUUACGUUUAUGUGUCGACAUCAUUGUAUUUGUUAAUGCCAAUAUCGCCGCAAAUUCUGGAUAUUGUGAUGCCUCUCAAUGAGAGUCGUCCGCGAAAGUUUCUGUUUGAAGUUGAGUAUCAUAUAGAUCGGGAGAAAUAUUAUUAUUUCAUUUUGUUUCAUUCGUAUGUGGCAGUUGUAGCGGUCAUGUCGAUUGUAGUGUGUGCCGACACUACUUACAUAGCGUACGUGCAGCAUGGCUGCAGUUUAUUCGCAGCCGUUGGAUAUCGAUUAGAACAUAUAAUUAUAGUUUCGAAAGAACACCACCAUCUCAGUCGGAUGAGCUAUCGUACGAAAAAUGAAGAAAAAACAUGUCUAGACAUGGAAAUAGAAGAUAUUUAUUUCAAACAGCAGACAGUAUUUCGCGAAUUAGUCAUUUGCUUGCGAAAACAUCAACUGGCAAUACAGUAUGCGCGCUUAUUGGAAUCUUCAUUUAUGUUAUCGACAGGCAUCCAAUUGUCAUGUAACAUGAUCGCUUUGAGUCUUAUAGGAAUUCAAGUAAUAAGUAACCUUGAUAAUACCGAGGAUUUCAUUAGAUACAUCUCUUUGUGCGCAGGAGCGUUUUUUCAUCUUUUAUGCAUGUCUCUGCCAGGACAAAGAUUGAUGGAUCAUAGCAUAAACAUAUUUGAUAAAACUUGUAGAUCGCAUUGGUAUGCAUUCUCCUUGAAAAGCAAAAGAUUGUUACGGAUAUUAUUGUAUAGGAGUAUCGUGCCGUGCACGUUAACCGCCAGUAAAAUAUACGUGAUGUCAAUGGCCAAUUAUAGCACGGUUGUACAGACCGCUAUGUCUUAUUUCAUGACAUUCUCCUCUCUAAAAUAA